AUGCUGCCCUGGCGCCGCAGCAAGUUCGUGCUGGUGGAAAACGAGCGUAAGUGCAAAGGGAAAAGCUUGGGGCCAGGGUUGGGCUAUGCCUCAUUGCUGGCUGGUUUCAUACGCUCCUGCCCCGAUUUAUUGCCCGAAUGCCCCUUGGAGAGGUUGGGUGCUGUGUUUGGAGGCCGGAGGCAGAAAGUGGAGCUGAACAAGGAGGAUCCCACCUACACCGUGCGCUACCUGGGUAACGCCGUCACGCUGCACGCCAAAGGAGAGGGAUGCACGGAGGAGGCGGUGGGCAAAAUAUGGGCCAAAAGCGACGCGGGAGCCGGUGGGGCCAAAAUGAAGCUGACCUUAGGGCCGCAUGGCAUCCGUAUGGCACCGGGUGAGAAGGGUGCCCGGAGGUCAGGCCACGCUUACCUGCUGCACCGCAUCACCUACUGCACAGCUGACCGCCGGCACCCCAAGGUGUUUGCUUGGGUUUACCGGCACCAGGUGAAGAACAAAGCCGUGGUGCUACGCUGUCACGCCGUCCUCGUCCCCAAAGCCGCCACCGCGCGCGCCAUGGCCCUGCUCCUCUUCCAGACCUCCGCUUCAGCCUUCGAUGAAUUCAAGAGGCUCAAAAGGCAGAACGACGGCCGGCGCCUCCAGCAGCAGCUCCUGGGUGAAGCCAUCGUCCCCUUGGUGCCCCUUCGUAGGCUGCUCAAUGCCAAGUGUCCCUACCGCCCGCCGGCUGAACGCGCCCGCUGCGCCCCACGGCUCAGCUCCAUCCUGGAGGAGGACGAGGAGGAGACGGGGGGCACGUGGGGGGACGGGGGUCCCACCGUGGUCUCUUUGGCCAGUGAGAUGCGGGGGUGCAGCUUGCGUGGCCCAAGGGCCCCCAUAUGCUGA